AACUUUAAUGUUUCUGUGAGCGUGUACCCUCUUUUUAGUGUGGGAGCUGGAAGACAGCGCAAGGUGUAUCUGUACUCUGAAAUGCAGUAAUUUGUAUGUGAAUGCAUCUUCCUUCUUGCAGGAGAGGAUUCUAACUCAGUGUCAAAGCCAAGAUACAGACUCAGCCGCUUCUCUUCUAAAAGCUUCUCCUUACAACAUGGAAGCCGUCGCCAAGUUUGAUUUCACCGCCUCAGGCGAGGAUGAGCUGAGCUUUCACACUGGAGAUACUCUGAAGAUCUUAAGUAACCAAGAGGAGUGGUUCAAGGCAGAGCUUGGGAGCCAAGAAGGAUACGUGCCCAAGAAUUUUAUAGACAUCCAGUUUCCUGAAUGGUUUCACGAAGGCCUCUCGCGACACCAGGCAGAGAACUUACUCAUGGCCAAGGAGGUUGGUUUCUUCAUCAUCCGGGCCAGCCAGAGCUCCCCAGGGGACUUCUCCAUAUCCGUCAGGCACGAGGAUGAUGUUCAGCACUUCAAGGUCAUGAGAGACAGCAAGGGUAACUACUUCCUAUGGACAGAGAAGUUCCCAUCCCUCAACAAGCUGGUGGACUACUACAGGACAACGUCCAUCUCCAAACAGAAGCAGAUCUUCCUGAGGGAUAGGACCCGAGAGGACCAGGGUCGCCGGGGCAACAGCCUGGACCGAUGGCCCCAGGGAGGCCCACAUAUCAGUGGGGCUGUGGGAGAAGAAACCCGGCCUGCGAUGAACCGGAAGCUGUCGGAUCACCCACCGCCCCCUCCAUCGCAGUAUCCCCCGGCCCCACCGCCGGCGCAGCAGCGGCACCUGCAGCAUCACCACUUUCACCAGGAGCGCCGUGGAGGCAGCCUUGACAUAAACGACGGCCACUGUGGCAUGGGCAUGGGCAUGGGCAGCGAAAUGAACACCACCCUCAUGCACCGGAGACACACAGACCCAGUGCAACUCCAGGUGGCCGGGCGAGUGCGGUGGGCCCAGGCGCUGUACGACUUCGAGGCCCUGGAGGAUGACGAGCUGGGAUUCCGCUCCGGAGAGGUGGUCGAGGUCCUGGACAGCUCCAACCCGUCCUGGUGGACGGGCCGCCUGCACAACAAGCUGGGCCUCUUCCCUGCCAACUACGUGGCGCCCAUGAUCCGGUGAAGCCCUUCUCCGGGGUCAGAGGCUUGUGUCUGAGCUGCCUGCAAGAGGAAGCAAGGAGGAAAGGCUGGCACUGCAUACACGCGUGCGCGCGUGCACACACAUAUAUGCCUAUGGGCACACACAUUUGUAAUAGUAAUUUAUUGGCAAUUUAGUUGGUUAAUUAGUUGAUAUGAAAGGAACUCAGGUGGAAGCUUAUAUUCAUACUUGUUUUUCUGCCCCCCGCAAGGCGUGUGCCGGAGGCGGGGGCGCUUGGGGAGGAGGGGGCAGGGAAACGGAAAUCCUUCCUCUCCUAAAGAUGGCACCACUUCCCCCUGAUCUUGGGAAUUUCAAGGAGCUGAGCAGAGAUCCACACCCGGAGCUGGACGCAGAACCGCAGGUGGGGCAGGACUCGGCGGGGCAUGUUCUGGCUCACCUGCAUGCCCGACUCACCCCGAGGGUUUGCAGGGCGGCCUCCCUCCUGCUCUCCCAGGGAGGACGUGCUGGGUUGAGAAUUAGGGUGCAGCCGCUCAAGUCUGAGAUAGAGCAGCUGGGUGUGAGGCCUGGGCAAGGCCGGCACCUUCCUCUCCUUCAGUGGCUUCUCCACGUCCUGUGGCUGGCGUGGAGACACGGGGACACCGUGAGGGCCAUGCACGGGGAAGUGAAGGGACUUGCACAGGUCUCCCAGGGGCGAACCUGGGUGUGAGCUCUGUGUCCCCGGCUUCCAAGAAAGCAGCACCCUAGCUUCUGUAAAGUGCUCGGAGGAGCCCUGGCCGAGCAUGCCGGGUGGGAGAGUCAUUGUUCUGUGGCUACAGGGUGUCUCUUUGGGGCUCUGUUUUCUCUCUUGUUUUCUGCGUUUUGAAGAUGCCUUGCCCAGCGGCACAGACAGAAGCCCACGCCACAAGAGCACUGACUAGUGAUUGGCUAAUUGGUUGGUUGAACAUGACCCUGCGUGGGGCCUGGCUUUCAGAUGAGCUUCCUGUUCCCCUGACCAUUGGACCUGGGCUGGCACCUUCCCUCCACCAAGAGCCGCACCUGGGGAAAGGAACCCCCCACCGUGUCUCCUCAGCACCUCAAAGUCGACUGUGUCUCCCAGGACCCACCCCUGGGCAUGAAACAGACCAGCCAGGCUGAGGAACAGGGGCCCUGGGGAAGGGCGCUCAGUGUCCUAGGGUAGCUGGGAGCACAGCUCUGCAUCAGGGCACCUAGAAGGUUGUGAGUGUGAAGAAAGGGUUGGGUUGAGUGUGUUAGUGAGGGGCAUGCGGGGUGAGUGGGGGUCUGUUUCUUCUUCCUUCGUCCUUGCUGCUCUAAGGAGGGACAGAGACAACCAUCAUUGAAGGUGAUAUAAGCAGAAGAAAGAGUUUGUGACUCAGAAGUAACUGUCAGUGUAAUGCGGGCUAUGUCCCUUUAGCCCUGAAUUCUAGGAGUCUCUAAUUCGCCAUGACACCUUUAGAGAAAAACAGGACAAGAAGGGACUCCGUUGGGGGUCGCGGGAGGGGAGAGAAAGUCGCCAGAGAGAAGCAGGGGGAGGCGAGUGUGCGUGAGGGGCGUCUUGUAGCCUCUGAAAAUGAAAGCACAGGAAGGAAAAAGUAGCGAAGACGUUUCACAAGGUGAAGGAGCCGUGUGAGAGGCGCAGAGGGAGGGGAGGGAGCAAGAGGUUAAGUGGGACAGGCCAGGAAGACGCUGGAGUCAGCAGGCUCGGCUCGGGAGGAGGGCGGAGGCAGGUGGGAGGAGGAAUUGGAGCAGAGAGAUGAACGCCAGCAGGUAGGGGCAAAGGCACCACAGGAAUGAAGACAGAGCAGAGGCAAAGGGGACUCAAUCAGCUUUUUGGUGCGAGGCAAUGUGAACACGUUAUGGAAAAUAAAAGCCAGAAUUAAUGUCUGUACAGUAUUUACAACCCAUAUGCUUUAAACAGCCCACAAACGGGAUCUGUCUGUCUGAUUAUGUGAGGGUCAGCCCCAGUGAGGACAGAGUGAGAGGAUUUGGUUCUGGCCUAGAUUUCGUGCCUUGAAACACUUUUCAAGAAAGCGAUAAUAAGACAAGGGCCCUUGUUUUGCGGGGCUGUGCCUAGUGAGAGAGAGAGAGAGAGAGAGAGACACAUACACACACACACACACACACACAGGAGUCCUUAGCCCGCAGAGGCUGACCGCACAGUGUGGGCAGAGCUGUCAGAACCCCUGGGACCGGACCUUCUCUUCCACCAGAGGCCACUGUGGGAGUAAUUUUAACUGAGGUGCCAAAAUAGCCUGUUCACUACAUGGCUCAGUUCAGAAGGAAGGUGCCACCCUGGCCACCCAGAGAACAAGGGCCUUAGGGACCAAGCUAAGGGGACAAGGCCCACAGCAUCCACGCCGGGGGAGGGAGGCUGACCCUCCUGGGCCCUGAUGCCGGCUGGGGGAGCGCGUGGGAGUGCGUCCACCCGAUAGCAUCUCGGCCCCAGGGCUCGUCCACCAGUGUCUCUCGGGGCCGCAGAACCAGGAAACGGCACACUGUCUCUGAGUCCGGCUGCAAUGCCCUGUGGGACUUGGGAGCAGGGAACUUCCAGCGAAAACCCAGUUCCUGUCGGACCAGUUGGGUUUCACCAACGGCGUUCCGUGUCCCGCGUGCCGAGGCUCGCUGCGUUUAAACGCCUGGCCCCCGCCCCUGCCCACCCACGUUUAGACGGCCUGGGGGUGACCUAAGGCUGGUGCUUCUCCAAAUAAAUGUGCCUGUGAGUUGCCUGGGGAGUGUGUUAAAAUGCAGGUCCUGACUCAAUCCUGCCUUUCGACCAGUCUCAGAAGUUCCGUUGCUGGGCCACGGACCACACUUUGCGCACAAGGGCAGGGGACUUGGCAGUGAGCUAAACAGCUGCUUGGAUCCCUUUUCCAGGGACAUUGGGGCAUCUUUCUGUUGCUAACAAGUAAGUCGCUUGGGCUGUGGGACAGAGAGACAUGAUUCAGAACUGUCAUUAUGACGUCAUAUUUGGCUGCCCAGGUGAUGUAUUAUUAUUAUAGCAUCUUUAUCUCCAUCAAGAGUCAGAAAAUUUUAGGGGGAGGGGCAUUCAGGUGAAGUACAAACUGGGAUUUCCGAAUAGUAAUUAUUUUAAACAUGAGCAGAGGUUACCGAACACGUUGUGAAAGCCUUCUCAGGAAAUCUUUAAACAAAAUGGAUUCCCACCAUCAGGUGUGGGCCCGCUGGGAGGCAGGGAGUGGCCCGUGUGACAGCCUUAGAUCUGAGCCAGCCCAAAGCAAACCAGGCCGCAUGGGAGGCAGAUGGGCCCGGCCAGAACAUCUGCCAUUUGUCUGUCUGAAGUCGACAGUUCGGCCUAGCUCUAGCAAGGCAAGGGCACGCGAAAAACAUCGUGUCAGUUCUUUUUUUAAAUACUGCCCAGGUUCCUUCACUUCUCUCCAUGACCACAGCCAUGCCAGCAACAUCUCUCCCUUAGGCAACAGGACCAACCUCACCUUUCUCCCUGCUGCCCUCUCCUACGCCCUCCUCCACACAGAGCAGUCUGUAAACCAGGAAUCUGAUUGCAUCACUCCCUUGCCCCUCGCACUUGGGUUAAAAUGCAGAGUCCUAGUGUGGCCCUGUGAGGCCUGGCCCCUGCCUCCCUCCCCAGUCCCCAUCGGUGCCUCUCGCCUCCUUGCCUUCAUGCUCCUGCCCCACUGGCCUUCACUCAGCCUCCAGAUGGCCAAGGAGUUGUCCCCACGUCCUUUGCACCCACUGUUCCCUUUACCUGGAAUGCAUCCCCUGUUCUUCGCCUGGCUAAUUGCUAUGCAUCUUCAGGUCUUGGUUUAAGUGUCACUUUCGCAAAUUGUUAUUUUCUGGCCCCUAAUCUAAAACCAUUCUUCCCACUACCAGGGGUGGGGAACCUUUUUUCUGCCAAGGACCAUUUGGAUAUAUACAACAUUUUUCGCGGCCAUACAAAAUUAUCAACUUAAAAAUUAGCCUGCUAUAUUUGGUCAAACAUUUAAUUAACUCACCCCUAAUGCCAUGGCAGGGCCAGACCAAAUGAUUUUUAGGGCCUUAGAGGGCCGGUGGGCGGGGAACGUCCCCCUGCAUUAGACCGCCUCGCGGUUGCUGGUGCUUUGCCUGAGUAGCACUAGAUGACGGCACUAGACUGGCUUGUGUGACUAUUAGACUGUAAGCUCCCUGGGGGCAGGAGUCAUCUCUGUUUUGUAAACUGUUGUCUGCCCAGCAUCUAACACUGUGCAUGGCAUACAGAGGCUCAAUAAAUAUUUGUUUAAUGAAUGAGGUGGACAGUGGCUGUCAAGACCCAAUCUACAGGGAAUAGUAAAAAAUUCGUAUCUUACAUGACCAGACCAUUCCAUAACAUUUCUCUAGAUAGUUAAGGAACAAGAUGGCAGUGUGAGGGAGCACGGCUCCCCAGCUUUUCCCCUCUAGGUCAAAAUGCCUGUGUAGACAGACACACACACACACACUGCACACACAGCGUCUGUGUCUCACACACACUCACCCUUCCAUCCACCCUCCUCUAUGGAUUUCCACAUGCAGGUGAAGCCAGCACGUCAGUGGGGUCAGGUUCCAUGCUAUUCACAGAGGGCAGACCGUACAUAAUGAGGCCCUGUGUCUGCCGUGGGGACAGAGGCCCCAGCCAGCCUGAUCCGUGUCAUAAAUCCCAGCAACUCACUGAGCCUCGGCAGCGCAGGUUCUUCCAGGUAUGGCUCUACCCAGGGUCAUUUGUGAGCACAUUCUGAUGUGGGCAAUUCCAUCUCAACAGGUCGGAACUCCCCAGGGUGCGCAGCGGGGGGCGCCUCCCUCCCCCUGCUCCGUCUGACCUGGUUAUGGGGAGUUGCUAGGUAACCGCUAGUCAGCCUUUGCUUCCCACGCUGAAGGAGGGUUGGUUACCAUGGCAAGUCCAGAUGAGAUGGGGCAUGCAGGGGAAUGGGAGUGUGGCCAGGACUUCCGCAGCCUGGAUUCUGCCCUCACUCCCUCUGGGUCACUGGGCCUCAGGGACGUCUCUUCAUCCCUCGGGGCCUGAGUUUCCUUACCAGUAAAAUAAAGGAGAGGCUGGCUCUCUCCUUGCUCUAAAUCGCUGAUGCGUGCAGCCAGCAUAAACUGAACAAACAUUUGAGUCCCAUGCACCCCAGUGGAGAAGGCACCAGCUUUGAGUCAGACAGACCUGGGCCCCCGUCCAGACUCUGCCACUGACGAUGUGAGCCUGGACAAGUCACUUGACCUCUCGGAGGUCAUCUAGAGACCCAGAGCCAGUAGCACAGAGUUGUCAUGAGAAGGAAGCACAUUAUAGAACUGCACGGUAAGGGCCCAGCAAACGGUGGGCAGCCCCUCUGUGCCUUCCAGAUGGCAGAGGCAGCCUUCUUUACCUGACCCCCCAUCCCCAGGGACACGUUCCCACAAAGGCCUCCCCGCUUUGUAACUCGCCUGUCCCGUGUUCAGUCCUGCUCAAGGAAAGACUCUGUGCAUCGGUCAAACUGGUAACUUGCUGCUGGAGUAAAUCGACUUCGGGAGAGGCCCCUCCCUGGGCCUCGCCCACCCCGUCCAGGUGAUGGCUGCCUGUAGGGGUGGCCAGCAGGGAACAGGCUGCUGAGGGUGUUGGCCAAAUAAAGAAAUGAUUCUUUUUUUUAAAUGUAUUUCUCAAGUACCGUUGACAUACAAUAUGUUAGUUUCAGGUGUACAACAUGGUGGCUAGACAUGUACAAACCUUACAAAGCGCUCUGCUGAUGAUUCUGAUGCCCAUCUGGCACCCUUCAUAGUUAUCACAACAUUAUUGACUAUAUUCCUGAUGCUGUACUUGACAUCCCCGUGACUGUUUUCAUAACUGGCAGUUUGUACCUCUUAAUCCCUUUGAUCUUUUUCACCCACUCUCCCAGCCCCCCUCCUGCCUGGCAACCAUCAGUUGCGGCAUUCUUGACAAGAGCCAAGAUUGGGAAGUAGCUUAGGUGUCCAUUGAUAAAUGAAUGGAUAAAGAAGAAGUGGUAUGUAUAUAUAAUGGAAUAGUAUUCAGCCAUUAAAAAAUUGAAAUCUUGCUAUUUGCGACAUGAGCAGACCUAGAGGAUAAUGUACUAGGUGAAAUAAGUCAGAGAAAGGCAAGUGCUUGAACAUUUCACUUAUUUGUGGAAUCUAAAAAAUAAAUGAACAAAUACAAUAGAAACAAACGCAUAGAAUAAGAGUCCAAAGGACUGGUUCUUGCAGGGAGAAGUGCAGGCCAUGCCGAGGGGUCGGCAGCAGCUGGAGCCACCAUCCCUUCCUCGGCCCAUCUGCCUGCCUCUGGGCUCUCCGCCCUGACACACCAGCCCACCCAGACCCGGCGCUUUCUCUACUGGAAACCUUUCCCCUGCCGUCUGUCUGUGGCUUGGGUUCCAGCUGCCUCCCGAAGGUGGGGGAGGGGAGAUGGCGGCAGGACCUCUGGGCUACUCUGCGAUGCCCCUGCCUUUCUAUGGGCCUCUGUCCACAUCCUCACCAGCCUGCGAGGGCAGGGACAAUGCCAUGUCCUUCCCAGUCUUCCUUGGGUCUAACCGUCCCUCUCCUGACAUGUGCUUCCCAGGCCUGGCCCUAGACAUUUAGGUUUCAGUCCCCAAAGACAGGAAUGAGCAGACACCAAGUAGGUAGGUAAUUCCAGCUCCGGCCCCUUGUUUGAGGUCAGAGCUGUUUUAAAAAUGUGUCCUCGAAUAUUCUAGACACACCCCAGUUCCCCGGCACUGCCAGAGGGUGGGAGAAGGAGACUUUCCAUCAGCAGCUCUGAGCCCUACAGGUAAAGGCUGCUCCAGCCACCUGCUCAGCUGCCAGGGUGCGCCGCUCCAGGAAUUCCCCGGGCCGCUGCCCUGAGGAACCACACCGACAUUUAAGGGAUGACUGAAGCGGACUAAGAAUGAGUGUCAGGGAGGGGCAGAAAAACCCAGGAAGCGGGGUGUCCAGGAAGUGGGGUGUCCAGGAAGCGGGGGCAGUCGCAAAGUAGUUGGGGAGAGGAGCCCAUAUGUUUCCAAAGUUGCAGAUAGGACAAAGUCCCCAAGUCUGGAAGGUCUGGGAGGGCAGGAAUGUGCCGAGCACAUAACAGGAGCUCGAUAAAGCCCUCCUGGAUGAGGCGGUGAAGGCCUCAGGGAGUCUGUCCAGCAGGGGAGAAGCUCAGUGGGUUCAUUUCUCAGGCCAGUGGAGCAGGUCAGAAGUGAAAGCUGCUCGCCCUGACCGGUGUGGCUCAGUGGAUAGAGCAUCGGCCUGCGGACU